AUGCGUGUCGAUCCGUGUUUCUUCUGCGGACGUCCGUCCUAUCCCAGCAAGGGCAUAACAUUUAACCGCAAUGAUGGUACGUUGACCGACAUUCGAGCAGGAAGGAAGAACAAAUGCCACAAGAACUUCAAGAUGAAGCGCAACCCCCGCAAGCUCAAGUGGACCAAGGCCUUCCGCAAGGCGGCGGGCAAGGAGAUGACGGUGGACAGCACGCUGGCGUUCGGGGCGCGUCGCAACGUCCCCGUCCGCUACGACCGGGACCUCGUGGCCAAGACGCUGCGGGCCAUGGAGCGCGUGGCCGAGGUGCGCGCCCGCCGCGAGCGCGUCUUCUACCGCCGCCGCAUGGCCGGCAAGAGGGAGCGCGAGAUCGCCGCCGCCCGGCGCCUCGUCAACGACAACGAGCACCUCCUCCCUCGCCUGCGCGGCAGCGAGAAGAAGAGGCUCCAGGAGAUGGGCGCCACCGCCGAAGACGUCGAGGCCGAGGAGCUCAGACUCCUGGACGGCAAGAAGAUCAUCAGCCGUCCUGUCGGCGGGGAGAAGAGGAGGCUCCGCGUCAACGUCGACGGUGGAGUCGACGAGCAUCAUUACUCUGUAAUUUGA